UGCAUGACCAUCGACUGCCGGUCGAAUCAGCUGUUAAAAAUGUCUUGGCAAACCGGGCUGAUCAAAACAAUUUUAGAUCCAGCUAAUUUAAUUAUAUCAACGGACAUUGCAGUUGUUAUUGCGGACAAAUAUCCAAAAGCACGCCAUCAUUAUCUUGUGCUUCCCAAGGAAGAUAUUGGCAGUAUAUUUCAGUUGAAUAGGACACAUUUGCCAUUACUGGAGGAGCUUCAUCUGCUGGCCCGCAAUAUCAUUGAAGUGCGCGGCGAAUGCUUUGAAUCCUUUCAGAUAGGCUUUCAUGCCCAGCCGAGUAUGCAACGGUUGCAUUUGCACGUAAUAUCAAAGGACUUUGUCUCCGAUUGGCUAAAGACAAAGAAACACUGGAAUAGCUUCAAUACAUCGCUAUUUAUACCAUACGAAGCACUCUAUGAGAACCUAAGCAAAGACGACCAAAUACAACGUUUACCCAAGGCAAGAGUAGAGGAGCUGUUGUCCAAGCCAUUGGCGUGCAACCAGUGUGAAUUCGUUGCCAAGAACAUACCUUCGCUCAAGGAGCACCUGCUGCAGCACCAAUUGUGUUCCUAUUCCAAGAAAAGAUUCGAAAUGAGUAAUAGCACGGAAUCAGCAAAAAACAAGUUGAUGCAAAGGGCGAAAAUUGAGAAGCCUCUAAUCGAAACUGAUCAAGCGGUUGUAAUCAAAGAUGCUUAUCCCAAGGCUCAAUAUCAUUUUAUAGUUGUCUCCAAGGAGGAUAUACCGAGUGUGUGUGCGCUGACACGAGACAAAUUGCCGCUCUUGGAUCAUAUGAAGGAACUGGCAAAUCAAAUUAUUGAGCAGCAGCAAUAUGUGGCGCCCAGUAACUUUUUGAUUGGCUUCAAAAUUGAUGCAUUCAUGAACGGCUUGAAUAUGCAUGUUAUAUCGAAUGAUUUCUAUUCGAAGUGCAUGCGUCGAGUAAAGCAUUGGAACAGCUUCAAUACAGAAUUGUUCUUAACGUAUCAGGCAGUUUAUGCGGCGAUUAGUUUUCAAGGCAGCAUAGAACCCAUGGCAGCUGAAAAAGCAGACAAAUUGCUCAAUGCUUUGCCCUUGCACUGCAAUCAGUGCGAUUUCAAAACAGAUAUUUUGCUCGGAUUGAAAGGACACCUGUUUGAGCAUUGGGAGAAACGAGAACAUAAGCUCCAAAUAAAUCAGGAAGUGGAAAAGAUAAUUCGCAUGCUAGACGAUGCAAAAUUGACGACUCUCCCCAAGGCAGCGUUAACACCAAAUCGCCAAUCCCUUUAA